GUGACAAUGUGGCCGUCGACGGUGUGGGUCCUUUUACUGGUCGUGUGCGUUCAGUGUGCGACGACGCACAAACACUCGCACACCCAUACGGUCACCAAGGAACGCACGGAGGACGGGGCGUACGCCCCGCGGGAUGCCCAUCAUAUGGAGGACGGGGAACACUAUUCCGAGUUCGAUCACGAAGCGAUCCUGGGCAGCGUGAAGGAGGCCGAGGAGUUUGACAAUCUUUCACCGGAAGAAUCGAAGCGCCGGCUAGCGGUGCUCGUCACUAAGAUGGACCAGAAUGCCGACGGUUUCGUGGACCGGCACGAGCUGAAAGCCUGGAUUUUGCGGUCGUUCAAGUCGCUGGCCGAAGAGGAAGCCUCGGACCGGUUCGACGACGUCGAUUUGAACAACAACGACGCGGUAACGUGGGACGAGUACCUGCAGGAAACGUACGGUAUGGACAGUGAAGACGAGGAGGGCGUACGGUUGCCGUUCGAGGAGCCACGGGACGACGAAGAGCGGAAGCUGAUCCAGGACGACAAGGAAAUGUUCGAUGCGGCGGACAGGAACCGAAACGGAGUGUUGGAUGCGACCGAAUUUGUGCAGUUCGUUUCGCCGGAAGAGUUUCCCGAGAUGCUACCGAUCAUACUGAACCAGACGCUGCGCGAAAAGGACCGUAACAAUGACGGGCGCAUCGAUUUCCAGGAGUUUGUCGGUGACAAUGCAAAGGAUCACGACAAGGAAUGGCUCAUCGUAGAGAUGGACAAGUUUAAAGAGGAUUUCGACCGGGACGGCGAUGGCUACUUGAAUGGAAACGAAAUCUUGUCUUGGGUGGUGCCUAGCAACGACGAGGUAGCCAGCGACGAAGUGGCCCAUUUGUUCGCUUCCGCCGACGAUGAUCAUGACGAUAGAUUAUCUUUCCUGGAGAUCAUCGACAAGUACGACAUCUUCGUGGGAAGCGAAGCUACGGACUACGGUGAUCAUCUGCAGAACAUUCAUCAUUUCGAUGACGAACUGUAAAGAAGGCUCCAUUAGCGAUCGGUCGGCUCUCGAUCGUGCUCGUUCGAUGCAUUUCUGUAUGACCUAUUUUACUCACCACCGUGGACUAACGAUGCUUUAAUCGAGUCUCGUGUUUAGUUACUUUAAAAUCUUCAAAUAUUUAUAUUUUCUUCUCAUUUUCAUCAAGUGUUUGUUCAAUAUUACUUAUAUUUAGCGCCACUCCAUGUCAGCUGCCAUUAAUAUAGUUAGUAAAACACGUAUUCUCGUCGUUUUUAUGCCAAAAAUAUUGAUUGUGCACAUGCCUAAAU